AUGAGAAUGACUGAAUCGCGUUGUACUGCAGCCGUUUGGCUUUUACACGACGUUCAGGUUGACGCAGUCCACGAGACCUCCUAUCUCGUUUUGGGUGAAAACGAGCCGAGAUUUCGUCCAUCAAAUAUGAGACCCAGUUCUGAUGAUGUCCAUCAUAGGAUGGACGAAAGCUCAGCCCGUUUUCACUCUAAACGAGGGAGGUCUUGUGGACUGCGUCAACCUGAACGUCGUAUAAAAGCCAAACGGCUGCAGUACAACGCGAUUCAGCCGUCCUCAUCUGGUGAGAUCGACCUACGAAUCUCUUAUUCAUGCACUUUCAUAUGA